AUGAAUCCGACGCCGAAAUCAAAAUGCACCAUUGGUCUUCAAAAAAGAAAUCGAUCAUUUCAGUACCACAAGCUGCAUCCAAACUACAUUCUUUCACGCCUGUCGGGAAAAGAUGAGAACAAUAAUAGGGAAGCAAUAUUUCUACUGCAGUCUACUGAGAAGGACUGCAGCAGUCUUGAAAAGGUAGAGGAAGCAGCCGAAUAUAUCGAAAACUUCAAGCUUUCGGACAAUAGGGAUCCUGCAUUCAAAAAACCUGUCUUUGUUCCCACCGAUGAGAGAACCGCUCUGAACACCGCCGCCGUUGGAAUACUGACCGGUGCUAGAAGUGUGACGAAAACAGACGCACAACGGCUUCUGUUUAACUUUGGUACGCUGAAGGCGAUCUGCGAAGCAACCGAAGAGCAACUGGCGCUUUGCCCGGGACUUGGUCCGAUUCGUGCCAGAAAUCUUUACAGUUACUUAAGAACUCCCUUUACAACUUGA